CCCCCCCCCCCCCCCCCCCCCCCCCCCCACUAUCAACCACCCUCACCUCCUACGGGGCUUUCCCCUUUGCUACUUUGAAGACCGCAAUAUAAUCUCAUUGCUGCUGCGGCAAUCCCUGCAGCCCAUCAGCCAUCAUGAGUUACGUUAAGAAAGAUGAGGACGCCGACCAGACCAUGAUCAAGUUGGACCGAACCUCCGUAUUUCAAGAUGCCCGCUUGUUCAAUUCCUCCCCGAUAUCUCCUCGAACAUGCCGCACUCUCCUGACCAAGAUCGCGGUCCUGCUGUUCACUGGGGAGCAGUUCCCCACGAACGAGGCCACCACCCUGUUCUUCGGCAUUUCGAAGCUGUUCCAGAAUAAGGACCCCUCCCUCCGGCAAAUGGUCUACUUGAUCCUGAAGGAAUUGGCAAACACCGCCGAGGAUGUGAUCAUGUCGACCAGUAUCAUCAUGAAGGACACGGCUGUGGGCAGUGAUGUUCUCUACCGGGCGAACGCCAUCCGUGCCUUGUGCCGCAUUAUCGACGCCACCACCGUGCAAGGUAUCGAGCGAUUGAUCAAGACCGCCAUCGUUGACAAGACCCCGUCGGUUUCCUCCGCAGCCCUGGUUUCAUCCUACCAUCUCCUCCCUAUCGCGCGUGAUGUCGUUCGCAGAUGGCAGAGCGAGACUCAGGAGGCAGCAUCUGGCGGCAAGCAGUCGACCGGUUUCCUUGGUUUCGGCGGCAGCUCCCAGUCCCACGCCAUUUCGCAGUCGAACUUCAUGACUCAGUACCACGCGAUCGGACUCCUGUACCAGAUGCGCUCCCACGACCGGAUGGCGCUCGUCAAGAUGGUACAGCAGUAUGGUGCGGCCGGAGUGGUCAAGAGCCCUGCUGCGCUGGUUCUUCUGGUGCGAUUGGCGGCUAAGUUGGCGGAAGAGGACCCUGGCUUGCGGAAACCGAUGAUGCAAAUGCUUGAUGGCUGGCUCCGACACAAGCACGAAAUGGUGAACUUCGAAGCGGCCAAGGCUAUUUGCGAUAUGCGCGAUGUCUCCGACGCGGAAGCUUCCCAGGCGGUUCACGUCCUGCAGCUGUUCCUGUCCUCGCCUCGCGCGAUCACUAAGUUUGCGGCCAUCCGCAUUCUCCACAACUUCGCCUCCUUCAAGCCCCAUGUGGUCAACGUUUGUAACCCCGAUAUCGAGUCGCUGAUCUCGAACUCCAACCGCUCCAUCGCCACCUUCGCCAUCACUACUCUCCUGAAGACGGGCAAUGAGGCUAGUGUCGACCGUCUCAUGAAGCAGAUCUCCGGUUUCAUGGCUGAUAUCACUGAUGAGUUCAAGAUUACCAUUGUUGAGGCUAUCCGCACCCUUUGCUUGAAGUUCCCCAGCAAGCAGGCCGGUAUGCUGGCCUUCUUGAGCGGCAUCUUGAGAGAUGAGGGUGGUUAUGAGUUCAAGCGCAGUGUUGUUGAGAGCAUGUUCGACCUUAUCAAGUUCGUCCCUGAAAGCAAGGAAGACGCUCUUGCGCAUCUGUGUGAGUUCAUCGAGGACUGUGAAUUCACUAAGCUGUCCGUCAGAAUCCUGCACCUGCUGGGUGUGGAAGGUCCUAAGACGUCCCACCCCACCAAGUACAUCCGCUACAUCUACAACCGCGUCGUUCUGGAGAACGCUAUUGUCCGGGCUGCCGCCGUGACCGCUUUGGCCAAGUUUGGCGUUGGUCAAAAGGAUCCUGAGGUCAAGUCGAGUGUCUCCGUUCUUCUCACCCGCUGUUUGGAUGAUGUUGAUGAUGAAGUGCGUGACCGCGCCGCUCUCAACUUGCGUUUGAUGAGCGAAGAGGACGAGAAGGCUUCCCAGUUCAUCAGCAAUGAAUCGAUGUACUCCCUGUCGACAUUCGAGCAUCAGCUCGUGAUGUACGUGACGUCGAAUGACAAGCAAACAUUUGCUGCGGCCUUUGACGUCUCCACGAUUCCGAUUGUCACACAAGAGCAAGCAUUGGCCGAAGAGCGGACGAAGAAGCUCACCAGCGCGACACCCACACUCAAGGCACCCACCACCGGGCCCCCGAAGAGCAAGGCCAACGGAGUGGCCGAGGCUGCUACCGUGGCUGUCACUCAGAAAUAUGCCGAGCAACUCAUGCAGAUUCUCGAACUCAAGGAGUAUGGCACGUUGCUCAAGUCCUCUGCUCCCGUUGAACUUACGGAAAGCGAGACUGAGUAUGUCGUCACCGCUGUCAAGCACGUUUUCAAGGAGCAUAUUGUUCUGCAAUACGAUAUCAAGAACACUCUCCCCGAUACUGUCCUCGAGGACGUGACCGUGGUCACAGUUCCAGAAGAGGAAGACAUUCUGGAAGAGGAGUUCAUUGUUCCUGCCGCCAAGCUUGCUACCAACGAGCCUGGUAUUGUCUAUGUUACAUUCAAGAAGCUUGCUGGCGAGCACAGUGUCCCUGUUACUUCCUUCACCAACACACUCAAGUUCACCAGCAAAGAAAUCGAUCCCACUACUGGCGAGGCGGAGGAAUCUGGAUACGAGGACGAAUACCAGGUCGAAGACUUGGACCUUACGGGCAGCGACUAUGUUAUUCCUACUUUCGCCGGCAGCUUCGACCACGUAUGGGAGCAGACGGGUGCCAACGGAGAGGAGGUCAGCGAGACUCUUCAGCUCAGCAACAUGAAGGGCAUUGCAGAUGCUACGGAACAGCUUAUCUCCACCCUUUCACUGCAGCCUUUGGAGGGCACCGAUGUAGCGCUCAGCAACAGCACGCAUACCCUGAAAUUGUUCGGCAAGACCGUGACCGGAGGCCGGGUGGCUGCACUAAUCAAGAUGGCUUUCUCCAGCAAGACUGGAGUAACGACCAAGAUCACCGUUCGGGCGGAGGAAGAGGGCGUUGCCCCCGCUGUGAUUGCGUCCGUUGCUUGAAUGCCUGUGGCCAGUUGUGUAAAUUCUUUUUAUAAUGGAGGCAUGUUCUUGAAAAGGCGCGCAUCUAAUUGGCGACGAGUGCUGCAUUAUGAGAUUUCGAGGUCUUCUCUUUUCUAUAUUUUCUCCACGUUGUUGUUCUCCUCCCCAACCUUUCUACUUUAUAUUCCACCAUCAAUCCGAAUGUUUUCUUCUUUUCUUCGUCUUCUAUAACCCUGGUGUCGAUUAUAGAUGCGAUCCAAAUUCUUGAUGCGUAGGCGUACCGAUCCCGACGCUUGGGCAAGUUCUUGCUGUUGAUUCCUCUUUUUCUCUGGGACAGCAACCAAUCUUAAACUCUUUUCUAUGAGUCUACCUUUUCAUGCCUGAUGUCCUCGUUUGGCUUAGCUUCGCAAUUCGCAUGCUCAUUUUCUAUCUGAGGGUGGUAGUCGCUGGG